CUUUGUCCCUUUCAUUUCACUGUCUGUAACAUACUCUUGAGCAACUAUUGUCAAUAAUGUGACACAACUUUACCAAUUGUUGAGAAAGUUUUUUUUUUAAAAAAAAAAAGAAAAAAAGAAAAGGUUUGAAAAUCUGUGUCUUUCAAGUGGCAAUCAAACAUUCCAAGCUUCAAAUUCCAAGAAAUUACAGAGUUUUCAGGGUUUUUCUGUUUUGAAACUCAGUUUUUGGUUUUUGAUUGUCAACUGUCAUCAUGUCUUUCUCUUUUUCCCUUCAACAACUCAGAUGCUCUCCUUGCCGUCCUACACCAGCUUUUAUUAGAGCUUCCUGUUCUUUUAACAGAACAUCAAAUGAUGAUAUACAGAAGUUCGAGGAUGCCAAGGAGAAAAUUCGAAAGAUGUUUCAAAAAGUUGAACUUUCAGUAUCAGCUUACGAUACUGCGUGGGUAGCAAUGGUUCCUUCUCCUGCUACUCCAAAUACCCCUUGUUUUCCAGGGAGUGUAGAUUGGAUAUUAGAAAACCAGCUGUGUGAUGGCUCUUGGGGUCUUCUUGAUGUAUCCUUAGUCAAAGACUCGCUUUCCUCCACAUUAGCUUGUGUCCUAGCCCUCAAAAGAUGGUCUGUUGGCGAACAACAGAUGUCACAUGGUCUCGACUUUGUUGUGUCAAAUUUUGCUUCAGCAAUGGAUGAGGAGCAGCAUUCUCCGAUUGGUUUUGAUGUCAUCUUUCCUAGUAUGGUUGAAAAAGCUCUCACAAUGGAAGUGAAUCUUCAUUUGGUACCCACUGAUAUUGAUGCUAUGCUUCAAAAGAAGGAUUCAGAACUCAAGAGAAUUCGUGGAAAGAACUCGAAGACAAGGAGUUUAUAUUUAGCAUAUAUUGCCGAAGUGAUGGGAGGAUCACAAGACUGGAGAAUGGUAAUGAAAUAUCAAAGGAAGAACGGUUCCCUGUUUAAUUCACCUUCUACAACAGCAGCUGCUCUUUCUGAGCUCCAAGAUUCAAACUGUUACAGCUAUCUGUCUUCAGUCUUGCAGAAAUUUGCAAAUGCAGUACCGACUAUGUAUCCACUUGAUACAUAUUUCCGGCUUUAUAUGGUUGACACCCUUCAAAAGCUGGGAAUCGGUGGACAUUUUAAGGAAGAGAUUGCUUCUGCAUUAUAUGAAACUUCCAAACAGUGGGAGCAAGGCGAUGAAGAGAUAUUUUCUGAUGUUGUUACCAAUAUGAUGGCAUUUCGGCUGUUGCGUGAUCAUGGAUAUUGUGUAUCUUCAGAAAUGUUGGCUGAAAAACAUGAUGAAGACUGCUGUCUGCACCAAUUUGGAGGGCACUCAGAGGAGGACAUUAGAUCUGCUUUGGAACUUUUUAGGGCAUCACAACUUAGAAUAUAUUCCCAUGAAUCAUACCUAGAGAAGCAAAUAUCAAAUUCAAGGAACUUUCUUGAAAGGAAAAUCUCUGAACAUUCAACCCAAGUAGACAGAUUCAGCAAAAACCUAAUCCAAAGGGUAUCUGACAGCCUGAAGAGUCCUUACCAUGCGAAUUUAGAGCGCUUGGAAAGCAGAAAAUACAUCGAGCAUGAUAACUUGGAUGAAAUAAGGGUUUUUAAAUCUGCUUUACGCUGCAUUAACUUUUGCAAUGAAGUUAUCCUACAACUAGCCAAGGAUGAUUUCAGUUAUUGUCAAUCCAUACAUCUCCAAGAAUUCAAACAACUUAAGAGAUGGGUUGCAGAGAGUAAAUUGGAUCAGCUAACCUUUUCUAGGAAGAAGCUUAGCUACUGUUACUUCUCUGCUGCAGCAAGCUUUUCCUCUCCAGAACUAACUGAUGCACGCAUUUCAUGGGCAAAGAACAGUGUGCUGACCACUGUGGUUGAUGAUUUCUUUGAUGUUGGCAGCUCCAAAGAGGAGCAGCUAAAUCUUAUUCAGUUGGUUACUGAGUGGAAUGCAAAUAAGAGUAUUCAAACUUGUUCAGAGAACGUUCACAUCAUAUUCUCAGCUCUCAAAGACACGAUUUCUGAUAUCGGAGAUAAAGCAUACAGAUGGCAAGAUCAUAGCAUCACAAAGCACUUGGUUGAGAUUUGGCUGAGUCUUAUAAAGUCAAUGUGGAAAGAAGCAGAGAUGGUAAGGAACAGAUCAAUACCAACAGAGGAAGAAUACAUGGAAAAUGGCUACAUAUCUUUUGCCUUAGGACCAAUAGUUCUUCCAGUUCUGUAUUUCAUUGGUCCCAAGCUAUCCGAGGAGGUUAUUAAAAGUGAUGAGUACCAUAAUCUAUUCAAGCUGAUGAGCACUUGUGGCCGCCUCCUCAACGAUUACCAGGGCUGUCAGAGGGAAGCAGAGGAAGGGAAGCUGAAUGCAGUGUCUUUGCGCAUCCAUCACGAAAAUGGAACUAUCAGCAAAGAAGACGCCAUUGGAGAAAUAAAACAAAGAAUUGAAGACAAAAGAAGAGAGCUGCUGAGAAUGGUAUUGCGAGGCGAUGGUGGUGGUGGUGGUGGUGGUGGUGGUGGUGGUGGUGUAGUUCCAAAAGAUUGCAGGGAGGUGUUUUGGAAGAUGAGUAAGGUGCUGCACUUUUUCUACAUGAAGGAAGACGGGUUUACUUCAGAUGAGAUGGCAGGUGCUGUAAAGGCAGUUCUCCAUGACCCCAUUGAUAGAAUGUAAUUGAAUAUUGCGUAAAUUCGCAUUUGAGAAAGAAAAAUAAAUGGCACAAUUAGCUACAGGGUUAAACAACUUGAAUGCUGAUUUGAUUAAAUUCAACUUUCAGUUCCUACAUUAUUCAAGAUAUGGAACCAUUUUUGUCUAUUAUUAUUAAA